AUGCCAGUAAAAUGUUGUUUCCACAGGUCUACGUCUAGGGAAGCCAUGGCGUGGUCUCAGUCCAUGGACACACUGCUAGCUAACAAAGCUGGUCUAGACGCCUUUAGGACAUUUCUCAAAUCAGAGUUCAGUGAGGAGAAUGUUGAAUUCUGGUUGGCCUGUGAAGACUUCAAGAAAACCAAGUCGGCUGAAAAAAUAAUCUCCAAAGCAAAGAUGAUAUAUUCUGAAUUCAUACAAGCUGAUGCUCCUAAAGAGAUUAACAUCGACUUCAGUACCAGAGACCUGAUCUCACAGAACAUCUCAGAACCAACUCUCAGAUGUUUCGAUGACGCUCAGAGAUUGAUUUAUAGCCUCAUGGCAAAAGACUCUUUCCCUCGGUUUCUCAAGUCAGAGGUUUAUAAGAAAUUGAUAAAUGGUCAACAAAAUGGAAGUCAGAAAAAAUGGCUUCCUUUUCUAUGA